CCUCGACAAAGCUACUCGAUGGUAUCCAUUGCUUCGACGAGCCUUGAUGACAUGGUAGCUCUUGAGUGGGCAACGUCACUUGCAUCGAACGACAUAGCCUUUCGCAUCGACAAAGCUGUCUGUCUUGGGUUGGCCGUGUUUCGCUACUGCUUCAUAAGCAUGUCAGAACACGGGAUCGUGAUCCCCUGCCCACACGCAUACAACCUGGGUCCCGGCAAUCGAAGAGGUAGCCGGCCCUGGUAUCAAAGCAUCGCAACAGCCGCAGAUACAAGCUAUACUCCGCUCAGCUCAUGCAGCGCAGCACCUUCUUCAGCGAUCUGCUUGAAGAGCACGCCGCCGACUAUCCUGUGGGUCCUCGGUCCCGGCAAUUGAAGAGGUGGCCGGCCGGGGACUCACCCAGAUCGACUCUUGGACAUCCUCUUAGCAAAAUUGGCGCUGCCAUCCAGCGUCGGACAGGAGUUCGCCGCCACCUCGCACGUCCCCAACAACUCGUUGAGCAACGACUAUGUUUACAAGCCCAAAGACCAUGUCUUCAUACGUGCUCGCGUUCCUAUCGCCGGCACCCCUGUCCAGAGAGUUGGUGCUCCAUUCGAGUACCCGAGCGCCGUGCCCCUCCCCUUCGUCGCACCAGUAGCGAUUGUGACGUCUCCAGCGGCAGCUUCUCUGCUCCUUCGCCUCGUGAAAGAUUUAUGAACAAACCUGGAUUGGGCAUCGAUGUCAGUGAGAGCUCGGAUUACUUCGCCGACAACGAGACUACUCUUGGUGUUGAAGGUGACGGCAAUGAAGAGAGACGCCGCGGUCUUCAACACUGCAACUCUUGAACAUCCUCUUAUAGCUCUAAGGAGUUCGGACCUGCCAGUCUUCCGCACCACUCGUGCAGAGGUCAGUGGGUCCAAACUCUAGAGCAAAUCGCGGGUCCUAGGUCCAAGUAAUUGAAGAGGUAGCUUGGCCUAGGACGGCGCACAUGUCCAACACUCAAGACCUCCUGGUCCCACGCAAUUGAAGAGGUUGUGGGUCGGGCAGG